AUAUUUUACUGUCACACGUCAAAAAUUGUUCGAACAGUGCUAUGAUAAACAACAAUUGAGUCUAAUUACUACAACAAAUCACUAUAAAUUAUAUCCUACACCUACAUUUUUUAAAAAGACAUAAGUUUUCAAACUUAUACGACGGGUUUCGGGCACGUUCAGCACUUUGUGUAAUGUGUGCUAGUUAAAAAUCCGCGCGUUAUGGCAUCUGGGUCUAAAAAUGAUAUAGUUAAUAGAUUACUGAACAUAAGGCUAGACGAUGGGGGUGGUGGCGAUGAGCCACCGCCGCAGAACAUGCUUCCUUCCAACCAGCAAGCACGGCAGCUCGUACAAAUACAGGAGGAAGAGAACGGAGAAGUUAGUGAGCCACCCGCCUCGUCCGCGGCGAUAGAGAACCCCCAGCCAAUUAAUAACACCGGUGGCCGCUUGCACAACUGGCAAGCGACGAAGACGACCGUCAAGGAUAGGCUGUCGUAUCUUUUUAACAAUGAAAUUUUGAGUGAUGUGCAUUUCAUUGUCGGCAAAGAUGCCAGCCAGCAAGUGAUACCGGCACAUAAGUUUGUGCUUUCAAUGGGCAGCGCGGUAUUCGAUGCCAUGUUCAAUGGGGUGCUGGCCACCAAGUCUGAUGAAGUAGAGCUGCCUGAUGUGGAGCCCGCAGCCUUCCUACAUUUGCUAAAGUUCCUAUACUCUGAUGAGGUUCAAAUUGGGCCAGAGAGUGUAAUGACAACACUGUACACUGCCAAGAAGUAUGCUGUGGCUGCAUUGGAAGAACAUUGUGUUGAUUUUUUAAAGAGUAAUUUGGGUACAGAUAAUGCCUUCUUGUUGCUAACACAAGCACGGUUGUUUGAUGAGCCACAAUUGGCCGCUCUGUGCUUGGAAAUUAUAGAUAAGAAUACUGCUGAUGCGUUGAAUGCUGAAGGCUUUACAGAUAUAGAUCAAGAUACACUAAAUGCAGUGCUAGAGAGGGACACUCUCCGCAUAAGAGAGGCUAAAAUCUUCUCAGCAGUGGUCCGCUGGUCUGAAGCUGAAUGCAUAAGGCGACAGUUACCAGUAACACCUUCCAACCAAAGGAUGGUCCUAGGAAGGGCUUUCAAUGCAAUCAGAUUCCCUCUAAUGUCUGUUAAAGAAUUUGCGAUGGGUCCUGCGCAAAGUGGUCUUCUGGAUGACCGGGAGAUUGUACAACUGUUCCUAUAUUUUACUGUGAAUCCUAAACCUAAUGUUGGAUUCCUAGAUGCCCCAAGAUGUUGUAUGACUGGCGAAGAGCUGACAGUGAACAGGUUUCCGCAAACAGACUCCAGAUGGGGAUACUGCGGAACUACUGAUAGGAUUAGAUUUACAGUGGAUCAGAGAAUUUUUGUGGUUGGGUUUGGAUUAUACGGGUCCUAUUAUGGGCCAACGGAGUAUGAGGUGCACUUACAGAUUAUUCAUUUGGCGACGAAAAAAGUUUGUGGUUCUAACACGACGACUUUAUGCUGCGACGGUACGGACGAUACUUUCCGCGCCAUGUUUAAGGAGCCGGUGGAGAUCCUGCCCAACACAUCUUACAUAGCUAGUGCUAAACUAAAGGGCACCGAUUCUUACUACGGUACGAAGGGCCUUCGAUGGGUAACGGUCGACUGCAAUAACGGUGAGAAAGUCGUAUUCCAGUUCUCUUACGCUGCCGGUAAUAACAACGGCACCUCGGUAGAGGACGGCCAAAUACCGGCCAUUAUUUUCUACAUUUAGUAUUUUAUUCCCGCGUAAAUAGUGGCAACAUUUGUAGCUGGUUCUUAAAUUAAAUUUUGGACUGGCAACAUUUAUUAGGGAUGUUAUUAGUGGAAUUAUGAUUUUUUUUUUAAAUAGAAAUCUCUCUCAAUCUUCGUAGAUACAAUAAAGA